AGAAAGAGAAUAGAAACCAAGACAGAAAUUUUAGUAAGUGGAAUGAGAGAGAAAAGACAAAUAAAAAGUGAAACAAGCUGAGUUCUGACACAGCCCACCACCCCCAUUGACCACCGCCACGCCACCCUUGUUUGGCCACAGCAGCCGCCUCUGUUAUACCUCUUCCACUGUUUCUAUUAGAUCUCUCCAUCUUUAUAUUUUUCUUUGGUCUUCACCACUUAUUACUUAAAUAUUUAUUUUAUUAUGUUGAGGGUUCAUGGGCAGAAGAGAAGAGUGAGAUACAGUGAAAUCUUUCUCGAGUUGGCUCUUUCAUGAUGUAUUUGGUGUUCUGAUCAAGAAACUGAACUGGGGUUCUUUGAUUCUUGUUUCAUGUUUCCUCUGGCUUGCUGUGAGAUGGGACUGAACCUGAACUGAACCUUUUUAUUAUAAUUAACUGUACUGUACUUUUACCGAACCAAAAUCCAUCCCCCCCUGUAACUCUCUAUUAUUUCUGCAUACCAGAUUGAGACCUCUCCUCUGCGGACUUUGCCCACGCCCGACACCCGUACACCACCACCCUCUUUGAAUUAAUAUCUCUCACUGUAGAUAUUAUCUUGUAUGCAUCUGUGUGUCAUAGGAAGAUAGUAUUUUUCUGAGAAUCUAGAGAGAUUUUGGAGUAUUGGUUGUUAUUUUGGUGCUUUGUGAAAGUUUGCAUAAUUGAGACACCUUCGUUUUGGUUUUGUUGUGGGUUUUUGAGAUCGCAUGCAAACAAUUGCCGUUUGUUUGCAGUUUGUGCAGAUUCUCAACGCACGUUGAGUUUGAGUUCAUUUCUAAACCAAAGCCUGCAUGCUGCAAAUCAAUAGAUAGAGGAAAAUUCAAUCUUGAUUUUACAAAAGAUGCAGCGGCAAGAUAGAGGAGGGAGUGAAGAGAAGAAGCCGGUACAGAAUCAACAAGAUCGGAGACUGAAGGUGAUACAAGGAGAGAAUUCACAACAACUGCAGCAGCAGCAGCCCCAGAAGUGUCCUCGUUGCGAGUCUCUAAAUACAAAGUUUUGUUAUUACAAUAACUACAGCCUCUCUCAGCCUCGUUAUUUCUGCAAGACUUGUAGAAGGUACUGGACUCAAGGUGGAACCCUAAGGAACGUUCCUGUGGGAGGAGGUUGCAGGAAAGGAAAGCGCACAAAAACCUCCUCUUCCGGUGAAAAUUCAAGAUCUUCUCACCCACACCCAUCUCCACCUUCUCAAAAUAUUCUCUCUUCCAGUCCGGUUGUUACAAGAAGGGCUAACGAAUCUAGUAAUAAUUUGGCUACGCCUUCUUCAAUUUCUUCCAUGGGAUCUUACUUUCCAGGUGGUGGGUUCUUGUCUUCUUUAGCAGCAAUUCAACCUUUGAGCCAACCACAAUCUUUUAAUCAGAAUCUGAAUCCAGCUCUAAGUGUUGGUGUUGGUGAUCAUACGGGAGGGUCUUCAAAUUUGGGUAUUUUGCAGGGAUAUGGCGUCCCUUUUGCGCAACCAACACAAUUUUACCAGAUAGGUAAUAGAGAGAAGAGCGUAAAUCCCAUUUAUCAUCCGCCUGAAGAGAGCUUGAUUCACUCUGCAAGACCUCCAAGUUCGUCCCAACAUGAUUGGCAUCAAAGCUUCAUCAACAAUACUAACCCUAAUGCUGCAGAUACGGCUUUGUGGAGUAUCAGCACCAGCAGCAGCCCCCACACUAAUGCCAACAGUAACAAUACUGGCCCUGUUUCUGGUUCUCUGAACCGGAAUCAAUGGCCUGAUCUUCCAGGUUAUGGCUCUCCUCCUUGAUUAAUCUCAGCUUCAUAUAUAAAGUAUCUUGCAGCUCCCUCCAAUCUCCAAAGAAUGGACAGAAGCAUAAAUUCUCUUGAGGAAUUUUUUCCAUUGUUAUACAGAAAAAAACAACCUCAAAUCUCUAUAAAGAUUUCACAUUUGUGUUUGUAUUGAUAUCUAUGGAAGAAGAAAAGCAGCAAUGGCUUUGCUUAUUAUAGAGAUUUUCUGGGUUGAAAAUUAUGAAGAUUAGCUUUGCUGUUUUAGAAAUUCUGAUUAAACUUAAUAAGUUGUAUGUUUUGGUGAACUUUGAUUUUCUUAAUUUAUUUCUGCUUUUUAUUGUA